AGAGAAUUCUAGCUGCGAACAAGAAAGGCGUCGCGAAAGUUUGAUGUUUACAGUAGACAUUGAUGUUACGGGAAGAAUGUUGGUUUUUUAUAUACCCAAAGCUGGUGUGAGGUGUUACCACCUUUAGAGAAGGAACAAAAGGGAAAAGAAGGCCAUAAUUUUCAGAAAGAGAGAAUUCAAGAGAGGAAGGAUGACGCCACAGAGACAAAUAGUCGAGCAGCAGCAGCAGCAGCAGCAGCACCAACAACUCCAGAUGCAAAGAGCGAGGAACUCAGGAUUUCUCAGCUUCAAUGAGAGCCCCAUCAAAGACGAGAACGAUGAGGUGUCGAGAUCGGCUCUUGCUGCAUUCAUGUCAAAGGAAGAGGAGAUCGAGAGGAGGAAGGCAGAGGUUAAGGAAAAAGUGAAGAACCAGUUGGGCCGUGUCGAGGAAGCGAGCAAGCGCUUGGCCGACAUUCUAGAUGAGCUAGAAGCUCUUACCGAUCCAAUGAGAAAGGAAGUUGGCAUUGUGCGCAAGAAGAUAGACAUCAUCAACCGAGAAUUAAAGCCGCUCGGACUGGGCUGCCAGAAGAAGGAGAGAGAAUACAGAGAAGUACUAGAGGCAUUCAAUGAGAAGAGUAAGGAAAAGGCUCAGCUGGUUGCCAAACUGAUGGAGCUGGUGAGUGAGAGCGAGACGUUGAGAAUGAAGAAGCUGGAAGAGCUGAGCAAAAAUAUAGAAUCCCUCCGCUAGGCGCUCGAAAGAGGAAACACUGGGAUGUUUUCCUAAUCGCAACUCUCGAGAUCCCUUCCAGAUCUUGCUAUUUGUACACUGUUCAAUUUGUUGUUCUUUAAAGUAUACUAUGCUUCACCCUGGGAAGAAAAUAAGGUGGCAGGCUGGUAAGGUGCCCCUGACGAGGGGAACUGUACGGGUGUAUGGAAUGAAUUCUGCUCUUUUUUAGGCCACAACAGACCAGCAUGUUGUUCAUUUUUAUGGUAGAUGAAAAUGUUCUAGUA